UGCUGGUGAAAGGCCAAGUGACCACCAAGUACUACCGGCUGCUGUCCAAGCAGGGAGGCUGGGUGUGGGUGCAGAGCUACGCCACCAUCGUGCACAACAGCCGUUCGUCACGGCCUCACUGCAUAGUGAGUGUCAAUUAUGUCCUUACAGAUAUUGAGUACAAGGAACUUCAGUUGUCACUGGACCAGGUUACCAUUUCCAAGUCACAGUUUUCAUGCAGAAACUCAGUACCUACCUCGCAGGAAACAAGGAAAAUAGUAAAACCCAAAAGUAAUAAAAUGAAGGCAAAACUCAGAACAACACCUUACCCACCACAGCAAUACAGCUCGUUCCAAGCAGACAAACUGGACUGCAGCCAGGUGGGGAGCUGGCGCUCCAGCCCCGCCGCCAGCGCCGCCGCCCUGCAGGAACAGAACUUCCAUUCAGAGAGCAGCGAGCUCCUGUACGCCCCUCCCUACAGCCUGCCCUUCUCCUACCACUAUGGACACUUCCCUGUGGAUUCCCACGUCUUCAGUGGAAAGAAGCAAAUGCUGCCUGCAAAAUUCGGGCAGGCCCAGGGGGCGCCCUGCGAGGUGGCGCGGUUCUUCCUGGGUGCACUGCAGAGCAAUGGCGAGUGCCAGUGGCACUACGCCAACCCCCUGGUCCCCAGCAGCCAGUCACCCUCCAAAAGCCUUCCUGAGCAGCCAGUGAACAUCAUCAGGCACAACCUUGCACAGAGUUAUGAAGUGCCACUGUCCCACAGGAGGUACGGCCAGGAGGCCCUGCCCGAGGCCUACCCCGGCUGCACGGCGCCCGUGCCGGGCCGCUACAAAGAGGAGCUCUACGACCCUUCCCUCAUGAAACCCAGCAAAGCAGAGCCCAGGCUGCAGCCCCACGCCCACCUCAUCAAAGAGGAGAACAAGCUGCCUUUCACCAGAGAGCUGCCAGAGAAAAUGCCCGCCAACGAGGCCUCCUUCUCCAGCGCCCUGCUGCCCAAAUCCGAGUGCUGCCAGGCCAAGGCUGUGGGACAGCUCGGCCACCUGCUGCCCGUGCCCUCGGUCUACGAGCAGAGCAGGAGGAUUUGUGUCAAAGAGCCCAAAUUUGGGCACGUCAGCCACCACCCAGGCAGCCUGGAGGAGCUGGACGAGAGGAUGAGCGCCAAGCUGGACCACGAGGCCGACGGCGAGCGGCUGAUGGAGGUGAGGCCCUCAGGCCCCUUCGUGCUCCUCAACUACCACCACGUGCUGGCCAAGCACGGGGCCUUCCAAACCUCGCCCUGCACGGCCUCGGGACACGCGGGGGAGAAUUGUUCCUACAGCUCCGAGGAAGUCAACGCCUUCCUCUACAAAAACCAAAGCCCCUCCUCGGCUUCCUCGCCAGAAACCCACAAGGAAUCUGCACUGCCCCACUACAUUGGGACCUCCGUCAUCAUCGCCAACGGCAGGUGACGGCAGCACGCAGCGGUUCUGUGUUCAGUGAAGAAGCCAAACUGUAAGGAUUUGCUUAAAAAAAAGGAAAAAAAAAAAUAAAGCAUGAGGAAACAGUGACAUUUACUGAGCAAAGCUGGAGGGCAGUGAGGGACAAAGUGGUGAAGUUCCAGUGGGCAGGAAAAUCCCUCCGUCCCUGCCGUGCUUCGGUGUCCCAGCCAGGGACAAGCCAAGUUCCAGAUCUUAUUUUUGUUAUUUCAUAGUGUGCAGCAGAAGGAAAUGAGAGGUGUUAUAUGCAGAGGUUUAUAUGAAGAACUUUUUUUUUUUUUCCUUGACCCUUCCUUAAAAUAAACUCAAGAUUUUUUUUUUUAAAUCAUUAUCAUAAAAUAUGCAUUCUAGUUUAGGGUUUUUUUGACAAAUUGUGUGAAACCUCGCAUCAAAUCUCCACCCAACCCCCUGACACAUGGACUUUGUUGAGAGAGUGGUGAUUUUGAACAACCACAACACAGCUGCCCUACCCAAACAGGGAAAAAAAAAAGCUUAUUUAUUAAUUACCAGAAAGUUUUAAAACUAAAUAAAUCAACCCUACAUUUGAUUUAUUUAACAGAGAUUUCAGUGUUCUGAGAUUGUUGCCACCACCAUUUAUCUUGACAAGGGACAAUAUGACAAAUUAAUAGGUACAAAGAUAGGUAUUACAGGGUUACAGGUCUUGUCAUGGCAAAUUGGGACAAAUUAUGGAGCAGGAACUAAUUCCCCACAAAUAAGAAAAGGAAACUCCUAAAUCCUGUGUUUCCCUGGGUAUUCUGGGGGAAGCCUGUGCAGAUUUUCAACCCAGCCAGUCACAAAUACAUCUUAACAACAGCACCAGAAAUGUUUUCUUUAUAGUCAAGAGAAUAAUGAACAUUUCUGCCUUAUUUUGAACUUACCAGCAGAAUGGCGAGCUUUGAAAAUUCCAGCUCUUAACACGCUGAACUUCCUCCAGCAUAAAUCCUGUUGUCAGCACAAAGGUAGGGCUGGAAUUCCCUGCCUGGAGCACUUCACAAAUCCCAGGGAGCACAUUUGAAACGCUCACACUCGGCCCAGCCAGCCAGGAGGAGAUUUUCACCCCUUUAUUUUUAAUUCUUUGCAGAGGAUGGAGCUGUGGGAGUGACAGCACUCAGCCCAGGGUGGUUCUCAGCCAUUUCCCCAAAUAUUGGGAGAGGAUAAAACAACAAAAGUCUUCCCUAAACAAUAAAUGUGGCUCCGGAUCUCACUCAGCUCCAUUUCUUACAUCAAUUCAAGCUUAAUUCAGAAUUUUUCAAACUUUUUCUCAUCAGACUCUAAAGAGAACUUCACUGAAAAACCCUGAGCACCCUGGGAUGGUGGAAGGUUCCCUGGAUGAGCUUUAAGCUUCCUUCCAACCCCAAC